UUGUGUGGAUUGGCUGCGGGGACAGCAUCUCCUCGUCACUGCAUCCCCACUUUAAUCACGCACGGCCAGGGCUGGCUGCCGGCUCCUCUUAUUUUCUUUUAUUAUUUUUGAAGUAACUCGUAUUUAUUAUAAAAAAAGUACUGGCUCAUUAUCUCACCUCAGCCGGGUCAAUGUAUAUAGACGCGUUCAAACGGAUCCUUUUUGAAAGGCUGAACUGCUUGAAGAGAAUGUGUGUGUGUCAGCGACAUGGCAGCUUUCAGCCCGAGUUUGAACCAGCAGUAAGUGGAAAUGCUUGUCGACGUACAAACAUGACUCCCCUUUCACUGCUAACAAGAGGAGAAGAUGAAGUGAGCUCGUUUGCCAUGUCUAAGACGGCGGGGAAGAAGCUGCACUGGCGUUCCCGGGUGCAGGACAGCUUCGUCCCUGUGCUGGGCUCGUCAGACGAGCUAGGGAUCGCCGUUGGUGGAGGAGCAGAUUAUGGAGAGUUUCCUUUCGUCACGUCGGCUCCGGGGGGCGGCGUCACGGUGGGUGAUAUCAUCCUGGAGAUCGGGGGAACACCGGUACUAGGCAUGACAUUGGGAGAUGUCAGAGGGGUGCUCAACUCCUGCCCUCGCCCCGUCCGUAUCAAAACUGUGUCACCAGGCUCCACGUUGUGCAAGGAUCUCAGGUUAUAUCUGAGUAAGUGCUUCACACCCGGCUCAGUGGACAGCCAACUUCAGCAGGUCAUCAGAGAGAACCUCUACCUCCGAGCCGUACCGUGUACAACCAGACAGCCCAGAGAAGGGGAAAUCUCAGGGGUGGACUACAAUUUUGUGUCCAUUGAGGAAUUCUUCUCUCUGGAAGAGUCCGGGGCGCUGCUUGAGAGCGGCAAGUUCAAAGGGAAUUACUACGGCACGCCGCGACCCGUUCACAUCAGCGCAGAGAGCCCCCCCAUCACCUACCAGGAACACCGCAACCUGCUCAAAACCUUCCGCACACGCAGCAAAUCGCUCAGCAACCUGGAGAAGGCUGCAGGGGAUGGCAUAAACAGGGAGGACGUCGCCGGUCUGUCAGGAGGCUCUGCGGGUGUCAGCCACCGGUCCCCCGGCAGACCCCGGGCAUCCAGCAGUGGAGAGGAUGGUCGCGUCGUAGAGAACGGGAUCAUUGGACACAGAAGUGGUGCCCGGAUUAGAGGUGUGAUGCCCGAUCACUGGGAGCAGGCCUUCAGUGACCCGGGAGAACCCCUCUACAUAGAGCGCAGCCACAAGAGGACCAGCUGGCAGAGUCCUCGAGCCUCCAGCAGGGACACCGUCUACAGGACUGAAUGGUUCACAGAGCACCCUGGGGAGCUCAGGGGCUUCACCGUGCACGCACACCUGAUCAAGGGCUCCAGGGGGUUUGGUUUCAACAUCGUUGGGGGAAGCAAGCCCAGAGAGUUCCUUCAGGUGUACAGCGUCACAGCGAGCGGACCUUCAGCCCUCAAGACAGCGGACAUCCUUGUGUACAUCAAUGAUGCCUGCGUGUUGGGAGUGUCUCACAAAGAGGUUGUAGAGAUGCUCAAAUCAGUGCCAGCGGGCCACAGCGUGGACAUCGAGGUGAGACGGGGGUAUCCCCUGCUCUACAAUCCGGAUGGUCGUCCCAAGCCGGCGUCGCCCAGACUCCUGGACAGCGACGAUCCCCUCCUACCCCCGACCACCACCCAGCCUAAGCCUCUUCAGCAGCUACCUCGCCACCCGACGCCCACACUGCAGACCCAGCACCUUAAUUUUAACGGGGUCCACAGUGAUGGGAGCUACAUGGAGCCCGGCGUGACUCUAGAUGCCAAUGGGAAUGCGGCAUCGUUCGUUUGCAGACCUCCUCCCCCGUACAGACGCUCCAGCGGGAGCUACGCUGCCUCCUCCUGCUCCCCCGUCCGCCUGCCGCGCUCCCUGAGGGCCAGGCUGAAGUCCCUCGACCCCACACAGGCCAGCCAGAGCGACAGUGAAGUGGUUUCUGCAAUUGGUUCACACAGGGCAUCGGGGAUCCGCAAUCACAACAAUAACUCCUUGUCAACACCACCUCAUCACAUGCAUUACGGAACGUCAAAGUCGUCUGAAAGUGAUCUGUCUACCUGCACGCUGCCGGGGACGAGGCUGCCCCUCCCUGAGUCUCCCCGGAGGCCCUCGUCCUCCCCCUGCGGGCCCCGCAGCAGCGCCUACUCGCAGCUUUUCAAACCCCAGUCCUCCCACCUCAGACCUCCUCCCACGCCGGAGAGCCCCCACCACCGCGGCCUCAACGGUUUCCACGGCAACACCAGCCCCACUGCCAGUCCCAGCACCCUGUCCUCCCCCGGGGGGCUGAGCGUGGGCAGUGGGGUCGGCAGUUUCAGCGGAGGGGAGCUGGUUCCGGUGGCCUUGGCCCAGACGGAGAGGGACAGAGGUCUGGGCUUCAGCGUGACGGCCGGGGGUCCGGGGGGCCGGCUGACCGUGGUGGACCGAGUCUGGGACAGGAAGCACUGCCACUCCCUGCAGCCAGGGGACGCCAUCAUCAAAAUCAACGGCGCUGAUGUCCAGAGUCUUAGCUUUGCACAGAUAGAAGCAGUUUUGCAGGAACACACCAAACAAGGGGAAGUCAUCUUGCUGGUUUACAGAGGAGGCAUCUAUCAUUCAGCCGUCUCCCCUGGUUCCAUCAGAAGACUGCCCCCACCCCUGCUCCGGCCCCCGCCUCCACCUGUAGGCUCCGACAGCUCCUCCAUGUUCCCGGAGACGCUGCCCCUGCCCCGCACCUCCAUCAGCAGCCCCCCCACCCCCACGCACAUGCAUUCCUCGCUCAUCCAGAGCACCAGUUUCCUGGAGUCCAUUCCUGUAACCCUGACCAUGGAGCCCAAGGACUGGAUCGACAUCGGCCUGGAGGACGGGGCGGGCGGCGUCUCGGUGCCUGAUGGAAGUCUGGAGAAGCAGCACGGGGAACGAACUCUGCCGUUUCGAGGGUUUGACGUAGAGCUGAAGAGAAAGCCGGGAGAGGGCUUUGGGUUCGUCAUUGCCUCUCAGGACGUGGAAAAUGGUAAAGCGGCUUCUCUUCUCCCUCACCGGUUCGUGACCGUCCGUCGUGGCAGUCCGGCAGCAAAGAGUGGCCAGAUCCGUCCCGGGGAUCGCCUGGAGGCCGUAGAAGGGCGCUCUGUGGUGACGCUGCCUCAUCGGGAGCUUGCGCAGAUUCUUCGCCGAGCAGGAAAUACUCUGCGCCUCACCAUCAUCCCCCGCCCCAGCACCUACUCCUCAAACCAUGCAGAAACUGCUGAGCACGACCACGGUCACAGAAGCAAGAAGGGUCAGAGGUCACGUACAAAGCGUGACUCUAGGUAUUACAGCGUGGAUCUGGACCGGGGAUCCUCCGGCUUUGGCUUCAGCCUCCGAGGGGGGAGUGAAUACAACAUGGGCCUCUACGUCCUGGGACUGAUGGACGGGGGUCCCGCCUCACGGAGCCAGAAGAUGCAGGUGAGCGACCAGCUCGUGGAGAUCAACGGGGACAGCACGGCAGGGAUGACCCACAGCCAGGCGGUGGAGCAGAUCCGUAAGGGAGGCCACCGCAUCCACCUGGUCCUCAAGAGAGGCAACGGCUACGUGCCCGACUAUGUGGAGCUCUCCAGUCUGUCUCUCUGUAUGACCAACUCCAAGCUAGGCGAGCCUUGCUUCUAUGUCAUUGGACGGACAGAGAAUACGCGGUUGGCCGUGACCACAAGAUCACCGUCCCCUCCCUCCUGUAUAACCCCGAGGAGCAGGGUUUGGCUGCAGUGAACUCCGCCGAAAGGAGGGGGCACAGUUCCAGGAAGAUUAGGAGAAGCCGCUCAGAGGAAGACAAGAGGGGGAAAGGGACAGGGAGGAGGAGAAGAAGAAGACGGGGCUCGGCGGGAGGGGAACGCUCGGGUUUACA